UCAGGUUUUCAGUUGAGUUCAGUGCCGCCAGUAACGGUAUUGGGUGCGAACGCGUUCACCGGCAGUUGGAAAUUUUAUAUUAAAUAUUUUUCUUUUUAUUUAAUUCACAUUAGCAUAAAAUCGUACUUCAUCAAAUCUUUGCAAUGUUUAUAUUCAACAGUUUGUUGUUGUUGUGCUUGUAUACGGCAAACAACGUUGUAGUCGCCAUUACCUAUGGGCCCUGCGAUUCGCCAUUCAAUGGUAAAGGUGUUUGUGUACAAAUCUCGGAAUGUCAGUUCAUCAAGGACAUCGUCAAUGGACCUCUGAAUGCUGAUCUCAAAGACAAAGUGCAAAAGAGUCAAUGCGGUUAUGAUAAUACCUUUAAGGAGAAUUCAAAAAGAAUUUUGGUCUGCUGUCCCGAGAGGCAUAUGAUUGAUACGAAAAGUAAUGUACGAAGCAAUGUCGGUGAUGGUAAAGGUAAUAUAUUGCCCGCAGCCGGUGUAUGUGGAACUUCGCUCACAGACUUCAUCUAUGGCGGUGAGAAGACACGUAUUCUAGACUACCCUUGGGUGGCAUUACUUCGUUACAAGACACGCGCCAAUAAUCUCGUCUUUCUCUGUGGUGGCAGUUUAAUUAAUACCCGUUAUGUGCUCACAGCCGCCCAUUGCCUGAGUCAAGGUAAUCACCUUUUACACAGCGUACGUUUGGGUGAAUGGGAUACCCGGACCGAUCCGGAUUGUGAGGUGGAUAUAAAUGGCAAGAAAUCUUGUGCGCCACCAUUUAUUGAAUUGGGCAUAGAGAGGAAAAUCUCACAUCCGAAUUAUAUAAGCGAAUCAAAGGAGCAGUUUUACGAUGUUGGACUAAUACGACUGGAAGGCAGCGUGACAUACACGAACUUCUUGCGGCCCAUUUGUUUACCGGCGUCACGUGAAUUUUGUGAAAAUAUGUUUGUGAACACCACCAUGGAAGUAGCUGGUUGGGGGGCCACCAAUAAGCCGCAUGCCAACUCAUCGCCCGUCAAAUUGUCAAUAUCUGUGCGCGUUUGGGAGACAUUUAAGUGCCAUGACAUUUACAAAACAGUGGAACGUUCGAUCGAUAGUGCACAUCACUUGUGUGCGGGUGGGAUUGGUGGUUUCGAUUCGUGUCGUGGUGACUCUGGUGGACCUUUAAUGCUGCCGGAAUUAUUGAAUAAUCGUUAUGUAUACUUUGCUGCUGGCGUUAUUUCAUUUGGUCCAAGUCCAUGUGGUUCGGAUGGCUGGCCGGGCGUGUACGCACGCAUCGGAAGCUAUGUUGAAUGGAUUCAGAGUAGUCUGGAGCCAUAGAAAAUCGCUAAAGUUUAAUAUUAAAUUGUUAAUAAAGAAAAGAAAUUAA